GACAAUUCCGUAAACACACAGCAACCGCCCAACAUGUCUCGCCCCGGCCCUUCGGCACCGAGAAAUCUCACGCUCACCGAAGAGCUUGAGAAACUCGAGCAAUCCAUCACCCUCACGCUGCAAGAAAUCGACCACAACUUCAGCAAAGCGCACCGUAUUGUCACGACUAGCAUCCUGCCACUUGUUGAGCAGUAUGGCGAGCACUCGCGCUCCGUGUGGGAGGCCACCAAGUUCUGGAAGCAAUUCUUCGAGGCCUCCGCCAAUGUUUCCCUGUCCGGAUACGAAGAGCUAGCCGGUGGCGAGGAGAGCACAGCGAUGACGACCGAAGAGGAAAGCACGGUUCACAACGAAACGACCGCCGAUUACACGCCCCGGCCCCGCAGCGCCGGGCGCCACGACCAUGACGACAGCACCAGCGAGUCGACCGCCAUUUACCAUGGUCCCGGCAGCGGCCGCCAGGAGGAGUCGGUGCUUGGUGACAACGACGGCGACCUCACGGGUAGUACCCCACGCCUUCCUGCCACCAAGACCCUUUCUUCCCGCCCGCAGUUCGCCGGCCUCUCCUCGCCGUUCGAAGCACUCAAGCGCGAGUACGACAACAACAAGAGCGGAGACAGCAGAACGCAAGGACAACAGGGUGCGGCCGGAGAGGAAGAGGAGGAUACGGAGCUCCUCUUCCAGCAGCGCACUGCGCGCCUCCCGGACAUGUCCAUGACACCGCGGGCAUCGCUUGAUGCCGGCGGCCUGGGCACCGCCGAUGACGACGACGAUGAUGCAAUCCCUGGGAAGGGGAAGAACAAGGAUCCGAUCCUGCACCGCAUGCUUGACAAGAACUACCGCAUCAUGGCUACGCCGCACAAAUCCGCCGCGGGCAUCUCGCCCCUCAGGUGGAAGAUCGACAAGCUCGCGACGCCGGGCAACAAGGGCAAGGAAAAGCAGCAGACGCGGCCAAUAUGGGAGGACUCGCCGACCUCGAGCCCCGAGAUGGCCGUGCCGCAGCUGCGGAGCGCCGCCUUCAUGUCCCCCAUGCGCGCGGCGUACAGGGGGAAAGCCGCCGCGGCUGCGGCUGCGGCGGCGGCAGCGCCGAGGACGCCCGGCGUGAGCGUGCAGACGCCGGCGACGGCGCGCAAGACCAGGGAUGUGUUCGGCGGGAAGCAGCGGCAGGAGGGGGAGGCGACGAAGUACGCCGACGAGAUCACCUGGGAGAGCGACAGCGAUGACUUUGGCGGCAUGAGCCCGCCCAAGACCAUCCAGUUCGCGCUGCCGCCGUCCAAGUUGCUGCAGACGCCAGCGCGCGAGGCGAGCAAGCGCAUCGUCGGCGACAUCCUCCUCACUGCGGGCGAGGACCUGGAGAACCCGUCCGAGUACAGCCCGACAAUGGUCCAGAUGAACAAGGAUAUACUGGACGAGACGUUUUGAUCUGUCGAGGGUGAAACGAGUGCGACCAUGCGGGAACUACUCGGUGGACUGCAGUCAUCAAUUAUUCAAGAUAUUUUUGUACGCCUUCUCUUUUCCACGCCGAAUCCAAACAACCCCCUUUUUUGUCGUCCGUCUCCGCAAGACUGGUUUCCUAACCUCCCCUGCUCAGAACCAACCGAAAGCGAAGUGCAAGCAUCCAACCGCUGGCCAUCCCAACUCUCAGCGCCAUUUCCCGACGCCAACUCACCAUCCCCGCCAACCCCCAACGCCAAACCAAAUCCAUUCAACCCGGUACCUUCCACCCCUCCCGCGGCACGGCCCUCCCCCCUUCUCG